AUGUCCUAUGCUCCUCAAAUUGUACCCGUGCUCAUUUGUUUUCUCGCCGAAUUGACAGAACCUCUGUUCACAGUGAAUUGGAGCGAAGAUGUGACGGUUGCCUUCCAUUUCGCCUCGGCCCACUUCUCGGUACAUUACCACCGGCUCCAGCACCAAUACCACAACCACCACAUCACUAAGCCCACCACCAUCAGCACCAUCACUAUCACCAUCACUAGCAUCAACACAACAACCACCAGCUCUUCCAGCCCUACUACAACCAGCACCACUACUACCACAAGCCUAGCCAGCACUAUCAGUGCCGCAAGCACCGUUGUCACCAUCCUCAUUACUACCAAAACCAGCACCGGUACCAUCAAUACCACUACCCACGGCUCCACUAUCACAAACGCAAGCACUAGCAACAGUACCAAAUCCACAAUAACCGCCAUCCUAAAAUGUAGACGCAGCGGCCAGAAUCAAAGAGGUCAGCCUCAGGAUUACGCUAGUUUAGUGUCUUCGAAGAUAUGA